AUGCUAGUAGGCGGUAUUACGAGUGCAAAAGGGGUAUUUUCUCCGAUUGAAAUAAUUUCUGCGACGAAUUUGCUGAAAACUGAAGGAAUAAACUUAAAAGUUGUACUGUCAAGAGUGUAUUAUUCGAAAUUAGGCAAAGCAUUUUAUUUAAUUUUGAUUGUCUGGAUUAUCUUAUUGCUUGUCCUUAUGAUGCUUGGCUUUGAUCAGCAAAAUUAUAGUGCAUUACACUAUUUUUGGAGCCCAAUUGAUAAGAAUUUUUCACGUGUGAAAAAUUUUUUAUACGAUCUCAUAUUGUGAAAAUCCACAUGUUGAUAUUUUUUUCCACACGUGAAAAUUAUUCCACAUAUGGAUCGAGUUCCAAAAAUAGUGCAAUGCACUAUAUAAUUUGAGUGUCUUUUUAUUAACUUUCAUGCUUGUUUGUGUGAUAUUUGAAGCAAUUUAUAGAGUGAUCAUGGAGGGAAAUAUAGCAUUUUUUAGCGAAAAUUGGAAUAUUUUUGAUAUCUCAAGCUUAAGCUUAAGCUGCAUUAUUUGCUGCGUAUCAUUUGGGUUGGAAGGAUUUUUUGGAAGCGGGUCAUCGGUAAAAAACUUAGGUAGGGUUUUUCCUUUCUUGUCAGAAAAAAAAAGUAUACCGAAUAAACCUAUCUGUGCUUUUUCCUCGAUUUUCACAGGAAAAAACUUAUCUGGAAUUUUUCCUGAUGACUCAUUGGAAGCUGCGGGAAAAUUCUUGCAAUAGUCAUAAACUUAGUCAGACUAUUUUUGAUCUUUUUUAAAUUGCUUAGGAUGCUUAAAAGAAUGAAAAAUACAGGUAUUGCAGUAAGUGAGCUAAAUGAUUUCAGCGACGCAGAAGAUAUUCAAACUCCUCACUCUCAAGAUAUGUCUCAAAAAGCUAUAAAUGCUCAAGCGAAAUCUGACUAUGAUGUUGAAUACAAACGGCAAGGAUCUUCGAAAACAGAUGUGUCUGAAGCCUAA